AUGGUCGGGUUGCCUGCCCGGGGAAAGUCCUUAAUUGCCCAGAAGAUCGUGAGAUACCUUCUGUGGCUAUCGAUAAAGAGCAAGUGCUUCAAUGUCGGCUCUUAUAGGCGCCUUUUGACGCUGAGAGAAGAUACCACCUAUGACUUUUUUGAUCCAGAUAAUGAAGAAGGUGUCAAGAUCAGAGCCGAGGCUGUGAACAAAGCGGUGAGUGAUAUGAUGAAGUGGUUUGCCGAGGAAAACGGCGUGGUGGGAAUUCUCGACGCCACAAACUCUACAAGAGAAAGGAGGUCUCAGUUACUCAAGCUAUGCAGAGAAAACUUGAUCGAGCCCAUUUUUUUGGAGCUGUGGUGUGAUGACGAGGAAUUGAUUUUGCAGAAUAUCGCUGAUGUGAAGACAACGUCGCCUGACUAUGUUGAUCUCGACUCCGAGUAUGCCACGAAAGAUUUCUUGGGCAGAAUCAAGCAAUACGAGAAAUAUUACGAAACAAUGGAUCUGGCUGCCGACGCUGACUUGACCUUUAUCAAGCUUGUUAACGUCACGUCCCAAAUCAUCGUUAAUCGAAUCGAAAGUUACUUGGAACUGAGGAUCGUGUAUUACGUUAUGAACUUGCAUAUUAAACCUAGAAGUAUUUGGCUAUCAAGACACGGCGAGUCGCAGUACAAUUUGACAGGUCAAAUCGGCGGCGAUCUGGACCUUUCUGAACGUGGUUGGAGAUAUGCGAAGAAGUUGCCUGAACUCGUUCUCAAAUCGCUUGGCGAAGAACACAAACACACAAACUUGACCGUAUGGACUUCCACUUUAAAGAGAACGCAACAAACUGCGUCGUUUUUGCCUUACAAAAGAAAGCUCGAGUGGAAGGCGUUGGAUGAAUUGGAUGCUGGAGAGUGUGAUGGCAUGACCUACGAAGAGAUUGAAAAGGAGUACCCUGAAGACUUCAAGGCUCGUGAUGACAACAAGUACGAGUACCGUUAUCGAGGAGGUGAGCUGUACAGAGAUAUCGUCAUUCGAUUGGAACCCAUCAUCAUGGAAUUAGAACGUCAAGAGAAUAUUUUGAUCAUCACACACCAGGCAGUCUUGCGUUGUCUCUAUGCUUACUUCAUGAAUGUGCCACAAGAGGAGAGUCCAUGGAUGCUGAUACCGUUGCACACCCUCAUCAAAUUGGAACCCCGUGCUUAUCUGACUUUGGUUCUGCGAAUCAAGGCCGAUAUUCCUGCUGUGAGUACCUAUAAAGAAAAAGGAACAUCCCAGUUGGGCGAGGGUUCAGUAGGAGAGGGAUCCGUCAAAAGUCGUGACUUGAUCUCCAACUCAGCAACGUAG